AUGCGGGUUAUUAAGAAGUACAAACCCAACAUUCUGUCGAAUAAGGAGAGACAGAUUGUGCCAGUUACACAGAUGGGCUCAACACAAAUCCUCGUAAGGCGUCAUAGGCGGCUGAGCGGCAUCUACCCUAUCGCCAAGGAGCUAGUGCCCGUGGGGGGAGUGGGGGUCCGCAACAGCGAGGGCAAGAUGUCCGCGCUCACCGCCUUCAUACACAAGCCGCAGGACGAUAGCUACACCAGAUCCUCGAAACGUCAGAGGCUGCUGAGCAUCUACCCCAUCGGCAAGGAGCUGGUGCGCGUGGAGGGAGUAGGGGUCCGCAACAGCAAGGGCAAGAUGUCCGCGCUCGCCGCCUUCAUACACAAGCCGCAGGAUGGUAGCUGUGCCAGAGUGGGCGUUGGUGGGGGCGAGGGCAAGAUGUCCGCGCUCACCACCUUCAUACACAAGCCGCAGGAUGAUAGCUGUGCAGUGGGCGUUGGUGGGGGCGAGGGCAAGAUGUCCGCGCUCACCACCUUCAUACACAAGCCGCAGGACAAUAGCUAUACCAGCACCCGAAGUAACAACAGCUUGAAGCACAACAUCGAGCUGACGCUACAGGAUAUAAUCAACGGGAACGUGGAACAAGCUACCAGCCUUGACUACCCUAACGACAGCUUGAGGCGCAACAUCGAGGUGACGCUGCAGGAUGUCAUCAACGGGAACGUGGAACAAGCUACCAGCCUUGACUACCCUAACGACAGCUUGAGGCGCAACAUCGAGGUGACGCUGCAGGAUAUCAACGGGAACGUGGAACAAGCUACCAGCCUCAACUAUCCUAACACCAGCGGUAUCUUAUCUUAUCUUAAACGUAGUAACAACAGCUUGAAGCGCAACAUCGAGCGGACGCUGCAGGAUCGGUAUCUUAUCUUAUCUUAUCUUAAACGUAGUAACAACAGCUUGAAGCGCAACAUCGAGCUGACGCUGCAGGAUGUCAUCAACGGGAACGUGGAACAAGCUACCAGCCUUGACUACCCUAACGACAGCUUGAGGCGCAACAUCGAGGUGACGCUGCAGGAUAUCAACGGGAACGUGGAACAAGCUACCAGCCUCAACUAUCCUAACACCAGCGGAGUGGAAGCUGUGCCAGAAUUCACAGAAGUGACCCCAGAGUCUACAACCUCCGUAUACUAUCACAAGAAGAUCCGCGCAGAGCAAGUUAGAGAGCGCCGGAACACUCUAAAUACUAGAUGUGAGCUGCCUCGCAUCAACGAGGCAUUCGGCCAGUUCCGAGGCAACGACGUCCGGCAUGACGUCACGCAGCCGCUGCACGUGCAGGUCAGCGAGGAGUCUGAACGGAUAUUGAACUACCCCCAAUUCGCCAAACGCAACACAAGUCUUCUGGAAACAUUGUACAACUUCAAGAGCCAAUUCUUAACCAACCAGCCACUUCUACAACUAGCGACCACCACAAACACCAAAUGCGUGUACUCCACACCCACAGUGGCCACCGCGGCACCUCAGAGGCCUGGGACGACAUACACGGAACCAUAUAUGGCAUUUAAUAUUUAUGUAGCGCACGGACGGGACCAAUACUACGGCAACAUGGAUAACUCGCGAUUGAACGACUGUCUGAAAUCCGCCGACCAAGAUUACGACUUCCGGUGCUAUGAAGACCCGAACAGAUCGAGUUCGUCUAUUGGAACAGCGCAAUCUCAGGAUCUAGGCGCCAACGUCACCAUUUCUGACAUGGUCGAAGAUGCCUUAGAACUCAUCAGCCAAGAUGGAGACUACAUGGAGCGUAUGGGUAUGGACGUCAAAAUGCAGUGCGUUCUGUGCAACUGGGCUGGACCCAAAAUGAUAGUCGAAUAUCACAUUAGAAAGGAGCAUUCCAACGACAUCGACAAGCGAGAGAAGCGAGAAUGGAACAUCACAUACUCGCUGGGCAGCGUGCACCAGCACCUAUGGAAGUCUCGGGUUAUAGAACACGAAUCCGCGCUGUUCGUGCUCAGCGUCAAGUACGACCAGACGGGGUGCUUACUGGCCACGUUGGCGGCAGCUCGCAUGGAAUACGACGCCAUACAGCGCGCGCGCCGUGACAUGGAAUGCCACCAGUACUCCAUGUACCAGUUACAACAGAACAGAAUAAAACAGGCACAGGAAAAGGAGAGGCUCAAGCAGGAGACCCUGUACUUCAGGGGGCUGUGGGACAAGGCUAUUAAGGACGAAGAGGAAGCGGAACGCUGUCGCGUCGAAGCGCGCCAUAAGACCGGCCACGACCGAGCAUUAGCCAUCGAAGAGCGAAAAUUAACCCUGGAGAAACAAGCCCAUGAACAACAGGUCAUACAGGACGCGUGGGCGUCCCUGGGAGAACAGGGAGUGGCGCAAGAGAAGGCUAAAGAGGAGCUUAGGAGACGCAAGGAGCGCGAACAAGACGAAUGCAACCGCAAGAUGAUCGAGCUUCGUAACGACUUGCGCGCCUCCGAUUCAGCCAACGACGACUUCAUACGCGACGUGGCGACGCAGUACCAGAAAGUGGUUGACGAGAAGCGGUGCCAGUACCUCAGCUGGUCGCAGAAGACCAACAGAGAUGUGCGCAAAGCCAUGAUAGACCAGAUCCACGACCGCAAGCAAGCUCUAGAGGAACUGCAGAAGAAACUUCUCGAACAAGACGAGUAUCACCACCAAUUGUUCAACCAGCUGUCACAGCUCGCGGCACACAAGGACCUCACUGACGCUCAGCAAAGGAAGAAGCAUCAAGAAAAUCUUUUGAAACAGAUUGAAUAUAAUAAACUUCUCAAGGAGCGAGCGUUGCAAGAGGAGCAAGAACAGAUAAAGAAAUGCCAGCGCGCGACCGAGGAGUACAACCAGGAGAUCAGCCGCAUGCUGUGCAGGCCGUUCUACAGCGAUAUGCAACACCCGUUCCUGAGACAGAUGGCGGGCGGCCUGAAGAUGCGAGAGAAGUGCCCUUGCUCCAAACCGGACUAUUGCGCCGUUCCGGAUAAAAAGCCCACCUAA